GACACGGAUUUUUACGUUAUUUGUUUUCUUUCUUUUCUGAGGCAUGGGACUGGAACGACACCAAGUGACGAACGACCUUGAGUCUGCAUGAGUUAUGUAUAUACAGACCAUCUGUAUCUUUAUCACACCAGCAUCUCCUUGCAUGAGCGACGUGAGCACAAAUACAAUGCUGCAACCUCUCUUUUCCACUCAUUCUUUCAGAGUAUGAUGAUGCUGUAUGACACAUGGCUUUCUUCAAUGCAUCUCUAUUACUUUAAUUUUUUUUUAUUUAUUUAUUAGUUGUUUCUUCCCCUGGAUGCAUAUGAGAUCAUAUCCGAUGUGGACCGAAUGGGGUGAUGAGAUCAUGGCCGAACCCCUUGCAUUCUCUCUGGUCGAUUCAAGAUUUGAGUCUCUCGCCAAAGAUGAUCCACGGAGAUUUCAAGCCACCGGACCACCGUUCCAGGCCCAUCGGAGCAACAGCCACAAUGGCGCUGUGUUGGGCGAUGCAAGGAGGGGCAACCGGCGUGUGACCUCAUCAGCCGCCCGUCGAUCAUUCCACGCUUUUUCCUCUUCUUCUCCUCUUCCCCUCGUCCUUUUUUCAUCGCGACAUUUGGCCCUCUGGUCCUGAAUUUGGCUCCCCUGACUUUUUGCUUGAUCCGACUAGUCUGACUCCGCGCUUCCGGCCUCCACUGCGCCCGCUCUCUGCAGGCUUCGGUCUUUUU